GUAUGUUACAUCAGUACAUUUAAAUAGUAUAUCAAAACAGUUGAACAUUUUACCUAUGUGAUAUAGUAUAACACUGGUAAUAUGAUGAAUGUUAAGAUUCUUCUUUUGCUGGGUCUAGCAACGUAUGCUCUGUGUAGUGGCGAUGGCGAAUCUUACAACGAAAAUUAUAUGGAUGUGUCCGAUGGAAUUAAACUCUCAACAGGCAGCAAUACACUUAAUAUAAAUUAUGAUUGGAGUGAAUAUUAUCAACACGGUAAAGGAAUAUCAAAAACUUCUAAGCAACCUCAAAAAAACCAAAAUAAAAUCAAAACAAAACGUUCUUAAACCAAUACAUUCAUUCUCAGAUCCGCAUCGGCGCUAAAAUUAUUUUAUUUAAACCGUUAUUUUUUCAUAUUGACUGAGAUGAUAAAAAAAAAAAACAACCCAAAAAUCAAAUGAAAUUGCCAGGAGAUGACCUCACAGGAGGUGUGUCACUGAGAUUAGAUAAUGAUGGUGAUACUUCAGAAGAUACAUUGUCUUCAGAAGAUGUGGAGGAUACUCUACCGGGCGCGAAUGAGCCAAAAUAUCACCUAGUCCGCGAUGAAGAUGGUUCAUACCCAAAAUAUGGAAAAUUCAGAAAAGGACCUCGUUCCGCUUAUAGAGUUGUUGAAAAUGAGAACGUUAACGAAGACGUCACGCCUGUUAAAGAUAGCAGUCAGAACGUUAACGAAGACAUGCCAGUUCUCGAAUGGGCUGAAGGAGAAACUUCGGAUGCACACAAAGGCAUACCCAUUAAAAAAGCUCCGAUCGAAAAAACAGCUAAAUCACCGUGUUGUAACUUUCUAUAGAUUGAAGAAAAGCGAAAGCUGGAAAAAAUAUGAAAAUAAUUAAGAAAAAUGUAAUUUACUAAAAUAUAUUGUUUAUCAUAGUUCUCUCCUUAAUAUAACUACAUAUUUUGUUUUGAUCGAUUCGAAA